UGUGCUGUGUGCUGUGUGUGUCCUCUGCAAACACUGAUUGAACCGCGGGCGUUGCCAUGGCUACACGCAGACCCAAUGAGAAGCUCGCGGUAGACUGUUGCUGAAUGAAAAUAACAGAGGCCAUUUUGCGAACGAAGCCAAGACAUCAUUCACUAAUAACGAAAAACGGAAACGGAGGCAGAGCCGGUCCAUUUCUGGACUGACGCCGCUUCUCUUCUCCAGAGUCGCUAGGGUCGGGACUGCGGCGCGGCUCGCGCAUGUAGUCGAGAAAGAAAGGCAGGCGGUAACUUAAUUGUGCCGCCUUCUCCUUGGAGUGUAAGGAGAGGGGACAGGUUAUUUUCACCGCAUUGCUGUCCGAGGCCCAGUGACCCCCCGGGAGAGAGGGAGUAGCCUUCAGUCAGGGUUGGCACAACAUCCAUGCGCGUUGAAAACAGGUGUACGGUUUCAUCACACAGUAGCUCCCGAAGCCGCCGUAGCUUCACGGUGUGUGUCACUUCUGCGCCUGUCCGAGGACUUCACUCGUUUUAUAUGGAAAAGGCUGAUUAUUAGACAUGUUUCGGGAAUUUGUCCGGUGAGGUGGCAGCUGUGUUAAGGCAUUGAACGGGGAUCUUGGGACUAAAGCUUGAGCGGGAGGAGAUACUUGUCCUGAGCAGAGGAGAAAAAGUGGAAGACACGGGGGGACUUUAAGUCACAACGCCAUACGUGACUCUUCUUAGCACUUCUCCAGUCUUUUGGGUUUAUGACGGAAAGUGUGUGCCCCUGCUGUCGAUCAGUAAGAAGUGCUCUUCAAUAUGAAUACAGAUAGCGGAGGAUAUGCUCGCAAAAGUGUGGCCUUGUCACUCAUGCUCUCUCCCAUGAAGAGGGUCCAGAGCUCACCAAAUCUAGCCACAGGGAGUGAUUCUCACUCAUCGGACUUGGAUUCUUGGCGGUCACACAGCGCAACAGACGGCCUUAAAAACGGAGAUGCUAGCAGCUCAUCGCUUGCUGCCAAAGGCUUUCGCAGCGUCAGACCCAAUCUGCAGGACAAAAAGUCCCCCUCACAGGGGCCUCCCUCGCCUGACCCCACAGCACGGCACUCCCCCUAUCGCUACCACAGCUCAGAGUCACUUGACUACCUGUCAGGUCUAAUGCCCAAGGCACUAUCACCCACUCCGUAUGUCCCAAGUGGAGCUGGUGGCACAGCUGGUGCGGCCAGCGGGCCAAGCCACGGCGCAGUCAGCAGUGUGAGCUGUGCCUCGCCCUCGGCUUCCCCUGUUACCGUGUCAGCUCUCAGCCACUACUCGACAUCCACGGUCGGUCUGCUGGACGAGCUGCAGAUCUGUAGCCUGGACUCACCUGUCGCCUCACCCACGCCAUCGCCCACUCUGAGCCAUGUCUCUACCUACACGCCCACUGCUGGCCGUGAUGAUGUGCUAACAACCUCUGUGGCCUCCACUGCUGCAGCAGCCACUUUCACUAAUGGCCAGGUUCUUUCUCACGCAAUGAAUGGAAGUACUAGCCAUCCACAUAGGCCGCUGUCUCCCCCAUCAUAUCCUCCACCCCCUGUCUCACUCCACACGGGGCUUCAGAGACAGAGCAGGAGUUCAGAGGGCAGUGAAACAGUCACCAGAGAGUCUGUGGUGUCAGGGCACACCAGCAUCAGCAGCACUGUGCCCAUUGCCCGUUUCUCAGAAGAAGAAAAGAAGGUGUCGGUCAUUAAAGCCCCCCACUACGAAGGCAUCGGCCCAGUUGAUGAGUCAGGCAUUCCUAUCGCCAUCCGCACGACGGUGGAUAGGCCCAAAGACUGGUACAAAACUAUGUUCAAACAGAUUCACAAAGUUCACAAAGCAGAUGACGACUAUUCCGACACAUACAAUGCUUCAUAUGCUCUCGUAAACAAUGAUAACUACAGCCUGUCAUCCAGCACCACCAUGGCCCACCCUGCCCCUCGGACACAUACGUACAGGCCUCUGUCCAAGAGCCCCUCGGAUAACAAUGAAGGGCAUCUUGGACCUCGGGAGCCUUCACCAUCCCCUGUACCCCCACCACCUCCACCCAUGCCAUCCCUUCUCCAACUGAGGGCGAGAGACAGUGAUCGCGAGAGGGACUUGACAGACGCCAAUGAGUGGGGUCCUCCAGACCGAAAAGUGGACACGCGAAAGUACCGCGCAGAGCCCAAGAGUAUUUUUGAGUAUGAGCCUGGGAAGUCCUCUAUCUUGGAGCAUGAAAGACCAACCUAUGAUGACAUAGAUUUAGAGAACGAGCCUUGGUAUAAGUUCUUUUCCGAGCUGGAGUUUGGGCGGCCGCCUCCUAAAAAACGGCUGGAUUAUAAUCCAGACAUCUCCGCUCGCCAGCGCAUUGAGACAUCCCUCCACAUCACUCCUGCUGACAAGGCUCCAGAGAGACCUGCAAGUGCUGCCAGUGACUACAGGAAGAGAAGGAAGUCUGAGCCGUCAAGCUCCCAAGUGAAUGCUCCAUCUCAGAGCCGAGCUGCAACCUCCCCUAAACCAGUGGAUGCCUACAGACCCAGCAGCAGCCUAAAGAAACCUGUCAUUCGUUCCUCACCAUCCUCACCCUCCAGAGCCAAAGGUGGGGACGCAUGCAGCAUGUAUUCAAACAGUUUGACCUCUCCAGGUCCUUAUCAGCAGCCCUUUGUUCCCCCAGUCCCAUCUGACCCUCUCAAUUCAAAUGAGGAUGGCAGCCAAGAUGGCAGCUCUUCCUCCAAACAGUCUGUCUGUUGUAAGAACAGCUGGCAGACAAAACACCAGAAUGCUGAGACAUGGAGCAGUGCGGAGGAAGCGCCACCUUCUCCUGCCAAGCUAAAGUCACGCAGUUGUGAUGACCUACUCAACGAUGGGCAUUCUAGCUCGGGUGGACGAAAUGCUACCCGCUCAGAGAGUGCUGGGUCACUGGUAUGCGAUGGAAAUCUCUCCACAGUAUCAUCAUCUACUCGUUCAUUACCCCGUCUCCAUCGACGACGAGCACACGACUCGCCGGGCUUUCUCCAGCUCUAUCGAAAGAUGCACCAGAUCGACAGAGCUCAGCUAAUUCCAUCUGAAGUCAUCCGGUCGGUCCGUGCGCGCAUCCUGGAUCUAGAGCGUCAGCCUCAUCUGCUUCGGCAUCGCCUCUCUCCUUGGACACCCUCCUGGGGUGUGGAAGUGCCACGUGAUAUGGUGCCAAACCGCAUUUCUGAAUAUGAGCGUCUUAUUCAGAAAUCCAAAUCCAUGCCUAACUUGGGUGAUGGCGAGGUGCCUUCAGGCACCACCACACCAGGUGGCUCAUCAUCUCGAGCUAGCAGUGGAGGUGGUGUCACACCCAGUUACCCAAAACGCCGUUUUUCAAUAGAGUCUUUACUGGAAGAAGACAACAAUGGAAACAGUGGAACAGUACCUCAAACCAUGGAUCACUUACACCGACCUCGUAGCCCCCCUGAGGGACAGCCUCGUGUUGGACCAGACCCCGGCCGUGGACGGUCCUUCCCUGCUCCUCCUGUUCUCCAAGGCCCCCAAGCCAACCCAGACUAUUCUGACAGUGAACAAGACGCUGUUGCCUCUGACCUCAGUGACUUCAUUCAGGUUGAAGGCUCGUCAUUUUGCAGUGAGAGUGACUUUGACCAUUGCUCACUAACCUCCUCUGAGAGCCUAUACGGCUCUUCCACCCUCCACCACCAUCACCACCACCUCCGUCACCACCACCACCAUCACCACCAUCAUCCUGGUCACCAGAGUCUUGGCCAGAGCCAAGGCUACCAACACCGCCAUCUCAUCAGCACCUGCAAAGGCCGCUGCCCGGCUUCAUAUACCCGUUUCACAACCAUGAUACGUCAUGAGCGGGAACGCGCGCGACAGGAGCACCAGAGACCUUCACAGCAGAACCGCAGCAGCCAUUCCCAAAACCAGAGCUCACAAUCCCAGCAAUCGAUGUCCAAGCUGGCCUUCCUGGUCAGUCCAGUGCCUUUCCGCAGGAAAAAGGGCUCACCACCUACCUCUAGAAGAUGCAGUGGGGGCGGAGGUCGAGGUAGCAGACCCAAGUCUAAACAGGCAAUUUACGAAGCGCUAGAUGCAGCCUUGAGAGACAUAUAUGAGCACAUUCAAGCAGAGAGAGGCCACAGAAACCCUCGGGCACCUGAUGAUAGCAUCCUGAGAAGAAUCUUGGCAGAACUGCUGCCAAAUGUGCCAGAACGCAGCUCCUCAUUGCGGGGAAGGAGGGGGUGUUGGCACGGCGGCCACUCCUCUGCAUCGUUGUACCCAGACAGUAGCCCCACUGGGUAUGCCUCAUAUAGAGGAGAGCCCUCAACACCACGGUUACAGUCACCACGGAUACAGUCACCAAUCAGUGCCUGUUAUGGACGACAGUUGGAGACCUCAAACAACAAUGAUUAUGGAGAGGAGCAGGGCAAUGGAAAUGGUCUCUGUUACUCAGACCAGGACAUCUCCAGGAGUUCCACCCUGGAUGGACGCCACACACCCCAGAACAGAAGACCCACUCCUGACAGAGAGGUCUCCCAUAAACAGAUGACACAACUUAUUCUGUUCUCUCUCCUCCAUCAGAAACAGCCUGCAAGAGCCAUUUAUGAUUUUAAGGCACAAACGAGCAAGGAGCUGACAUUUAAAAAGGGUGAUGCAGUGAACAUCAUCAGGCAGAUAGAUAACAACUGGUAUGAAGGAGAGCACCGUGGGCGGGUGGGAAUAUUCCCUAUAGCAUAUGUAGAGAAGAUGCCGUCUUCAGAGAAGCAGCAGCCAAUCCGUCCUCCUCCUCCAGCACAUGUCAGAGAGAUUGGAGAGGCAGUGGCCCGCUACAACUUUAACGCUGAUACUAACGUGGAGCUGUCACUGAGAAAGGGUGAGAGAGUGAUUGUGAUAAGGCAGGUGGAUCAGAAUUGGUAUGAGGGGAAGAUCCCAGACACAACCAAACAGGGGAUCUUUCCUGUGUCCUACGUUGACCUUGUCAAGCGAUCUCCAUCCAAAAGCUCCGCCCAUCACAUAGAUCCACAUGGUUACCCCAGCAACAGGACACCAAGCUCCACACCCGUCAAGCGGUCAGUACAGGAUGCACUCCACGGUGGAGGAGACCCGUACCAGGCGCUGUACAACUACAUGCCUCGCAAUGAGGAUGAGCUGGAGCUGCGGGAGGGAGACAUCGUUGAUGUGAUGGAGAAGUGCGAUGAUGGCUGGUUUGUUGGGACCUCUCGAAGGAGCAAGUUGUUUGGAACCUUCCCAGGAAACUACGUGAAGCAGCUAUAAUGAUUCCAAACUCCCGCUGACCCCGCCCCUUUCUAUGACCCGUUCAUCGCCCUCCUCAGCACAGCACCCGCAGGACAUCAACAAAGACCUGCAGCACACGUUUGUGUUUGCGUGUAUGUGUGUGGCUUGUCAGCUUCACACAGACAAAAUACUUAGCUCUAACUAGCCAUCUUUAAUGGAAGACUUCUAUAAAGUAAUAACGCAUUUUUUAAACUUAUCUUUUUACCCUUAUUUUUCUAUUAUGGAGAACCGAAGAUUUGUGCUGCACCCAGUGACCUUUGACUUUUGACAAUAACGGAAGUAUAUCUGCAGUGAUGCUUUCCUUUCUGUUUCAGUUGUUUAAGGACAUUAAGAUCACCAAGAAUACCUUUUUUUUUCUGCAGUAACUCAAAAUUUAAAUCACUUAUAGUUAACUUCAGUGUUUAUUUACAGAUAUCUCCACAAAGAUUUAGUGCAGAGAGUGUUAAAGGAAAGCAGUAUUGUGUCAGGAGGCCAGAUGUGUUUUGGCAAAUUAGGAGCCAACGUGUUGCAUCAUCAUGCCAGGUAAAAGGAUGGUUCAGCAAAGGGUUUUUUGUUUUACUUUGGGGGAUAUUAUUUAAUAAAAUGAACAAUAAGUUUAAAUACUGGAGACGUGAAGAAAAACAUUAUCACAGACUUAGCUCGAGAUUAGAAAACACGUUGUUGCUGUUCAGUUAUUUUCACGUUAGAAUUGAAGCACUUUUACUGAACUUGAUCACAAACAAUCUCUUUGGUUUAUUUUUUUAACCUCACUUCAGAUUUUACACAGCAGAGGUCAUUUUGACUGCGCCUGGCUUCGGGGGAGAGGAGUGUGUUGAAAGUGUAUGCAGAAAGGUUACUGACCUUUUUUAGGUAUUAUAUUUAUUAGAAGACGAAGGCUGGUCUCACUGUGUUAUACGAUGAUUUUUAGAAAGAACGGAGCACCACAUUGUUUUUUUUUGUUUUUUUUAAGCAUAUUUUAACAGUACCUAACUUACAUUUGAAUGAUUGUUAUUUUAUGGUCAUCAUUAAUCAAUGUCCAGGUUCUGAGUGAUUACAGAAAAACAAAAACGCAAUGGUUAAUGGGCUAAAAAGAACUUAAUGUUGUUUUAUGAUGAAUUUAUUUAAGUCGGAUACAGGAUGGGAAUUAUGAAAACCUUUGGAAAUCACAGAACUGCUGUUGGAUCUUUUAUAGCUGUUGUCAGAGUGAGUGGGUAGUGUGUCAUUACUCAUGUGUGUACUGUUGUGAAAUGAUUGGCAAUUUUCAUCUUAGCGUGUUGUUCUCAGUAACUGAUCUCUGUUUUGUUUUUUUCUUCACAAAGAAUGGACACUGACAACAAAACGAUGUAAAAGCACCUUAAAAUAUUUUAUCAUUCACUGUCCUUCACGUCACUCUCUGUCAUUCACCAUUUCAGCCGGCGUGAGUUCACUGUGUGCGAGUGUGAGCGUGACGUGUUUUUGUAAGCCUUUUUUGUUUUUGUAUGUGAGCUGUAAAAUGGCCAACAUCCACUUGCUUUAUAAAGUCGGCUUUUUCUCAUCCACCAUCA